UGAGAUGUAAACAACAUUUAUGUUUACCAAGCUAAGAAAUAUAUUCGACUUUUGAUGAAAUCGUCUUUAGUAUCGAACCAUUCCAUGUCACAGGCAUGUAAUGUAUACAGUAAGAAUAUUUUAUUAAGUUUAUCCAUUAAUUACCAUUUUAUAAUAUAAGUCAUUACAAGUCUUAUCGCGACCGAAUGUCAAAGUGUUUCUGUUACCGACAACGAUAAGAUUGAAGGAAUGUAAAAAAAAAAAAGAAAGAAAGAAAAAAGGAAAAAAAAAAGAAAAAUGUGUCUCCUCAUUUUUCGCUUAAAAUCUUCAACCUGGAUAAGUAUGGCAGGUGUGCGUCGAUUUUCAAAAGUUGGAUUCGUCGGUUUAGGUAAUAUGGGUGGUCAUAUGGCAAGAAAUAUUUUGAAAAAGGGUUACGAAUUAACAGUGUUCGAUAUUGAUAAAUCAGCUAUGUCUAACUUGGUCGAAGACGGUGCAAAAACUGCUUCGACCAUUGCAGAAAUGGUGAAGGACGUUGACGUACUCAUUUCUAUGUUACCUUCGAAUCAACAAGUUCUAGAUUGCUAUACCGGUGAUAAUGGUAUAUUGAGUUCAGUAAAAAAAAAUAUACUCCUGAUAGAUAGCAGUACGAUAGAUCCAUUCGUGUCGAAGGAAAUAUCGAUAAAGGCUGAAAAAAAAGAAGUCAAAUUUAUUGAUAGUCCGGUAUCCGGAGGUAUAAACGCAGCGAGAGAUGGUACAUUGACUUUUAUGGUAGGCGGUUCUAAUGCAAAUUUCGAAGCGGCCAAAUCUAUAUUGGAGGCUAUGGGCUCGAGAAUAGUUCAUUGCGGUGACGUUGGAAUGGGACAGGCAGCAAAAUUGUGUAAUAAUAUGCUACUAGCCAUUAGUAUGAUCGGUACAGCCGAAAUUUUUAAUCUUGGUCAAAGAUUGGGUCUAAAAGAAAAUGUAUUGAAUGACAUAGUGAAUUCCAGUUCAGGAAAAUGUUGGUCCUCCGAAUUGUACAAUCCUGUCCCAGGUCUUCUACCUGAUGUUCCUAGUUCAAAAAAUUAUGAAGGCGGUUUUAGUACAUUGCUUAUGACAAAGGAUUUAAGCUUGGCGCAAUCUGCCGCAAUUAGGACAGACGCAUUAAUUCCUUUGGGCUCUUUGGCUUAUCAACUUUAUAAGAUGCUUAAUAGUCAUGGUCUAUCGCAAAAAGAUUUUAGCAUUAUAUAUCAAUUCAUAAGAGGUAAAUGUUAAAGUUAGUACAUUUUACAUUUAUAUAUCUUCAUUUCCUUUGCCAUUAGUGCUUCGCUGCGAUGAAAUAAUAUUAUAUCAAUUAUAUUGAUAACGAUAAAAUAUCAGCAAACAGAUAGUUGAAAUAAAGAACGUUUGAAUUUCCCGCCAA